AUGGCCCAAAACAAACCCUCCUAUCUUAUUGUCGGCGCUGGUGUGUUUGGUGUGUCUACCGCCUAUCACCUUAUCAAGAAGUACCCCGAUGCAUCCGUGACCCUUGUCGACAAGGAUGCCUUCGACGCCGACGAGCGCGUGGCCGCCUCAUGGGACUGGAACAAGGUGGUCCGCGCCGACUACGACGAUUUCACAUAUUGCCAACUAGCCCUGGAAGCCCAAGACAUAUUCAAAAGUGACCCGCUCUGGAAGCCUUAUUUUCACCAGACGGGAGUCUACUGGAUCUGCCGCAGCGACUACGCGCAGAAUGUCAUUGACCACCACAAGAGACUCGGCCGCAAGGACGACAUCAUUGCCUUGCCAGUUUCAGAGGCCCGCAAGCUUUACAGCGGUCUCUUUGAAGAUGCUGAUUAUUCCGGGGCCAAGGAGGUGCUCAUCAACCGCGCGAGUGGUUGGGCGGCUGCUGGAGAUUGUUUGCGCGCCGUCACCCGUGAAGCCCUGAGGUUAGGUGUCAAGUACGUGACCGCGGAAACUGCAUCUCUCGAGUUUGAUCAGCGUGGGAACUGCACGGGCAUCAAGACGACAACAGGUGAGACAUUAACGGCUGACCACACCAUUCUUUCCACGGGGGCGUACACUCCUAAGCUGUUGGAGUUGAGCGCAGCAAAGAGCGGUCUGUCCAACCUCCGUGCUGGCGAUCGUAUUCUGGCAGCGGGCAUCACUACGGGGAUGGCAGAGCUUGACGAAGAAGAGUGCAAAAAGUAUGCAAACAUGCCCGUUGGGUUUCAGGGUUAUACAGGACAUGGCAAGCCCUUCAUUGGCAGCAUCCCGCCGACGAAGGAUAGGGAGCUAAAGUGGUGGGGAGCCAAGAUCUUCUCCAACACCAAGGAAAUUCUGCCUGGCCGCCACGUUUCUGCGCCUCCACCGGCUAAAGACUACAGCCAGUGGAAGGUCUCUCGGCGGCUGAAAGAAGACAUCGCCGAGCAGAGGAAUCUUUGGUACGGAAGUAAGAGUGCGGACUGGAAGAUGACCAAGCACCGCAUCUGCUGGGAUGCCUUCACAACCAGUUCAGACUUCAUCAUCUCACCGCACUCGGCUGCCAAAGGCCUAUAUAUCGCAACUUGCGGCUCCUUCCACGGGUUCAAGUUCUUCCCCGUGCUUGGCAAGUAUGUCAUUCAGAUGCUAGAAGACUCGCUGUCUCCUGAGCUGAAGACGAGGUGGGCUUGGGAUCGCGAACGCCCAGAUCACUUGCAGAAUCCCGAGUAUCCCAACUCCGAGCUGAGCGAUCUUGUGGAUCCGGUGUCAAAGUUGUAG